UUUUCUUAAGUGCAUAAAAUCUGAAAAAAGUAAUUUAGUUCCUUUUUCUACCAAUAAAGUUGAAGAAGAGUCGUUUUGUUUACUAUAUCUGGAUUACCCUGCAGAACAAGAUAAAGGAAGAUCAUCAUGUCAAGCUCCUGUGACACUUUGUACUUCAGUCUGCCUGCCCAUGGGAGCUCUGUCCUGCACAAGAUGAAUGCUCUAAGAGAAGACCGUCGGUUCUGUGACAUCACGCUCAUCUUCAGAAGCCAAAACUCCUCUGCGGAACAGUGUGUCCACUUCCACGGACACAGGGUGGUGCUUGCAGCAUCCUCUGAUUUCUUCCGCGAUCAGUUCCUGCUCUAUGAAGACCAGGCAGAGAUGAGUGUGACUGCAGUUGCCAGUGCGAGAGUGGCGAAGACGCUGCUGCUGUCCUGCUACACUGGACUUCUUGAGGUACCUUUGGCAGAACUGGUCAGUUACCUGAGCACAGCCAGCAUCCUCCAGAUGAGCGAGGUGGUAGAGAAAUGCAGUCAAGCUGUGUUGCAGUUCCUUAAACCCAUUAUGUUUUCCAAUAAACCUUCAAGUUGCUCCAAGCAAACUGAAAACCAGCAGCCAGAGAGAAGCUGGCUAUGCUCCAGUUUUGAAAAUCGGAGGGAAAAGGAUGUGGCCCAGCCCAGCACCAGCAUCCAGGAAGAUAAGACAAAGGAGGAAGGAGUGGUUCUUGGUCCGGCAAUGGAUGGGGUCAGCCACGAAUCUAAGGUGGAUAAUGAAAAUACAUAUGUGACUAUAGAAGACAUGAAGUUUGUGAAACCUAAAUUGGAGUCAUCAGAGGAUCAAAAAUUUGAGCUUGACACUUUGAAGUCAGAGCAAGGUGUGAAAAACCCCACAACAGCUCUCAAGGAUGAAGUUUUUCAAGACCUCAUUUCAUUCCCAGGUUUAGAGAUUAGAAGUGCUGCAGAUCACGUAAAGCUGGUGGACAUCUCCCAAAAACAACACAAGCAAGUAGGACAUGAAGAAAAACAAGAUAAAAACAUUUAUGCACACAAAGGCCAACUGGAACAUGGUGGAGACCUGAUAGAUUCCAAAAUAUCUAACCUCUCCGAGGCACAGUCGACAAAGACUGGUGAAGAUGUACUAAUAGGGGCUUCACACAGCGUCCUAGUUGAGAGACCCUACCUGUGCAGAAAGUGUGACAAAAUCUUCCAGCACCUUGAGAACUACAUGGGCCACCUGAAGGAACACAGACAGUAUUCCUGUUUGGUCUGUGGGGAGGGCUUUUCCCAGAAGAGCAAACUGACCCGGCACAUACGUGUUCAUCCUGAUGUCAAGCCCUUCAGGUGUCCACUGUGCCAUGAAACAUUCAUCCAAAAGGGUUGGCUGCAAGAACACCUCAACCUGCACACAGGGCACAGGCAUAGUCUGAACCCAGCAAACAAGUCAGAUUUUACAGGCCUAAAGGGAGAGAAAAAUGGCCUGACAGAUGUGUUGGAGAAAGGUGGAGGAGCAAGUUAGGAUUAAAAUGUGAUCAUUGCUGUUUGUUCUGACUGCUUGUAUCUUUUUUUUGUUGUUGUCUUUUUUGGAAAUCUGGUCCCAACUUCAAUUGUAGAAAAAAUAUGCACAUGCAAAAAGACAGAUUUUUUUUUUCAGUCCCUCAAAAAUGUUAUAUAAGACUCCAAAGAUGAAAAGAGUGUGUGCCUCAUAUCUCAGAGGUUUUUCCAUGCUAGAUAUCUUUGGUCAAGGUUAUUUUCAUUUAGUUGUGAAUUCGUUUGGUGUUCGAAAUGAGCAUGAUUGCCUAUUGGCUCUGUGAUUGAUGUCUCAAAAUAUUUUAUUCACUCAAUAUGCACAUUGCUAAAUUAUGCUGU